UCACCAACCCCCUCAAUAUAAAUAAAUGAAUGUUCAGCAUGACCACAGCAUAAGUGUAGAGAGAGAGAGAGAGAAAUGGCUUGCAGGCAAUUGUGGGCUUCAAGAGCUGCCUCUUACCUGAGGAUCUCUGUGUUUCACAGAGGCUUUUCUAAUGUUAUUAAAGAUUUCAAGUAUGUUGAUUCUCAUGAGUGGGUGAAAGUUGAUGGAAAUUACGCAACCAUCGGCAUAACUGAUCAUGCCCAAGAUCAUUUGGGUGAUGUUGUAUAUGUUGAAUUGCCAGAAGUGGGAGCAGCUGUGACACAAGGAGGUAGUUUUGGUGCAGUUGAAAGUGUGAAGGCUACUAGUGAUAUUAACUCUCCUAUUUCAGGAAAAGUUGUUGAAGUCAAUGAAGCCCUUAACAGCUCUCCUGCUUUGGUCAAUUCAAGCCCUUAUAAAGAUGGAUGGAUAAUUAAAGUUGAAAUAAAUGACAGUGGUGAACUAAACAACUUGAUGGAUUCAGAACAAUACUCCAAGUUCUGUGAAGAAGAAGAUUCCAAGCACUGAUGGUCUUGCCAAGAUCUUUCAGCACUCUCCAAUCUCCAUGGUGUAGAUCAUGUUUUUAUUGGGAAAGCUGCUAAAUUACUUAUUCCUUUUUCUCCUUGUGUCAUGGUUUGACCACUGCUCUAUUUUUAUUUUUCAUAAGCUUCUGAACCAGUGGGAUGAUAUUUUUCACUCUUUGCAAUGGAAAAAUGAAAUUGAUAAAGAGGUAAAAUGAUGAUGAUGAUAACAAUAAUAACUUCUAGUUUUCUUUCAAAGUUAUGCUAUUUUUGUUAGAUGAUGUCUAUAAUGGUUUGAUAAAUAAGAUGGACCGUAGUUAUCAAGAA